AUGACAAUUGAGACGCCUUACAAAAUUUUAGAGAAGCCUUCUACGGCACCCCGGAAAAUCAAAGUCCUUGUGAUUGGCGCAGGGGCUAGCGGCUUGAACUUUGCACACGAGUUGUACAACAACGUCCCAGACGCUGAGCUCGCAAUUUAUGAAAAGAACCCUUCUAUUGGUGGCACAUGGUAUGAGAAUCGGUAUCCCGGAUGCGCCUGUGAUAUUCCGUCAAUCAAUUAUCAAUACACCUGGGCUCCGAGUACCGACUGGAGCUCCUACUAUUCUACUGGGCCGGAAAUUCUGCAGUACUUUAAGAGCGUCACCAAGCAACAUAAAUUGGAUAGGGAUGUUCACUUGAACCAUAAAAUCAUAUUCGCAAAGUGGAAUGAAGCUGAAAAGAUGUGGUAUGUCAGGGCAGAGGUCAAUGGAGAUCCUAAAAAUAUUGUUGAAGACUGCGGUGAGAUCCUUAUUAAUGCAACUGGUAUUUUGAAUAAGUGGAAAUGGCCUAACAUUAAAGGUUUGGAUAAUUUCAAGGGACCACGGUUGCAUAGUGCCAACUGGGACACCUCCUUGUCUUUGAAAGGGAAGUCGGUGGGUGUAAUUGGUUCAGGAUCUUCGGCAGUUCAAAUAGUUCCUAACAUUCUUGAUGAUGUUGAAAGUAUAACCCAAUUUGUUAGAAGCAGGUUUUGGAUAACUGCUGGUUUUGCUCAAAAGUUUGCUGGUAAAAAUGGCGCCAACUUUGAGUACAGCGAAGAACAGAGAGAAUUAUUGAAAAGUAACCCGGAGAAGUAUCUCAGAUACCGUAAAAACAUUGAAUCCGAUCUGAAUGCUAGGUUCCGCUCUGUGAUAAAGGGGAGUCCUGAACAGCUUGCGGCCACUGAUUUUGCCAAAAAUGAAAUGGCCCAGAAGUUGGCAAAGAAACCGGAAGUAGCCGAAAAGGUUAUACCUGAAGAUUUUGGGGUUGGUUGCCGCCGGCCCACGCCUGGUAAUGGAUUCUUGGAAGCAUUGUGUGAUCCGAAGACUACUCUAGUCUACAAUAAUAUAGAGGAAGUCACUGAAAAUGGUCUGAGGACCGUUGACGGCAUCGAGCACAAGUUUGAUGUGCUAAUAUGCGCUACAGGGUUUGACGUUUCCUGGAUCCCUCACUUUCCACUGAUUGGACGCAACGGACAAGACUUGAGGGAAGUGUGGAAGCAGAAGCCAGAGACUUACCUAUCGAUUGCUGUUCCAGACUUUCCUAACUAUCUUAUCUUCAUGGGUCCGCAUGCACCCUAUGCUCACGGAUCUGUGCUUCCAAUGGUGGAGGCUAUUGCUAAAUAUUUUGUUAAAGUUGUUAAGAAACUCAGCUGUGAGUCUGUUACUUCCUUCGAACCAAAACAGGAUGCAGUCAAUGACUUCAUUAUCCAUAGAAGAAAGUUUUUGGACCGCACUGUUUGGAAUGAUCCUUGUAGGUCAUGGUUCAAACAAGGGACCUAUGAUGGUGAAUUGAUGAUGUGGCCGGGAUCUCGUAUUCAUUUCUUUGAGACCAUGGGUACACCUAGAUGGGAAGAUUAUAACUUGACUUUUAGUCAAGGUAAUAGAUUUGAAUACUUUGGUAAUGGCUUCCAUUUACGGGAAACUGAUGGCCGAGAUUUGAGCUGGUAUUUAGGGACUUUGAACGAUUCCGACAUUCAGCCACAAUACACAGACGAUGAUAUCAAGGAGUUUUUGAUGACUGGUUAA